AAAGAAAGAGUUUACAGAGACCCAUCUACACAGUUACAGGUGCUGCAGGCUAAAUGCAAACUCCAUUCAACAACAUAGAGAUCAUCUUCAGUCAACACUUUAAAAACUGCAUUAAGACUUGAUUUGCUAGAUUGACAUUUGUACCUCAUGUUAUUUGACAAAGAAUUUAAAACAAGAGGAUCAAAGUCAACAGUGGGGUUACAUGUCAUAUUACAGCAUAUAUUUCUAGCCAGUAUGCUGUGGUCCCUGAUUCUCUUUCUCCUUCUGGGCAGAACAACUGCCACUAGUGGAGGUGAAAUCAGGCUGGUGAAUGGUGACAACUCUUGUUCUGGACGAGUGGAGGUUCUUCAUAAUGGAACAUGGGGAACAGUUUGUGAUGAUUUCUGGGAUGAAUCAGAUGCUGCAGUGGUGUGUAGAGAACUGGGCUGUGGUGAUGUUAUAGAGGCAAACAGUUUUGCCUUUUUUGGAGAAGGUUUGGGGCAAAUAUGGAUGGACAAUGUGCAUUGUCUUGGAAGUGAGUCUACACUGAAAAACUGUUCAGCAAAUGGAUGGGGAGUACAUGAUUGUGGACAUUAUGAGGAUGCUGGAGUCAUCUGCCAAUCUGUAAAGUUGAUUAAUGGCACUCACUCUUGCUCUGGACGAGUGGAGGUUCUUCAUAAUGGAAGAUGGGGAAAGGUGUGUGAUGAUUUCUGGGAUCUGUCAGAUGCUGCAGUGGUGUGUAGAGAACUGGGCUGUGGAAACGCGAUAGAGGCGAAGAGUGAUGCUUAUUUUGGACAAGGUUCAGGUCAAAUAUGGAUGGAUAAUGUUACCUGUGAUGGAACCGAGUCUACUCUAAAGAGAUGUAGGUCAAAUGGAUGGGGAGUACAUGACUGUGGACAUCAUAAAGAUGCUGGAGUCAUCUGCCAAUACGUCAGGUUGGUGAAUGGUGACAACUCUUGUUCUGGACGAGUGGAGGUUCUUCAUAAUGGAACAUGGGGAACAGUUUGUCAUAAUGGUUGGGAUCUAUCAGAUGCUGCAGUGGUGUGUAGAGAACUGGGCUGUGGAAAUGUUACAGAGGAAACAAGUUUAGCUCAUUCUGUAUACGGUUCAGGACAAAUAUGGAUGGAUAAUGUUGGUUGCGACGGAACCGAGUCUACUCUAAAGAGCUGUAGGUCAGAUGGAUGGGGAGUACACGACUGUUGGUAUUAUGGCGAUGCAGGAGUCAUCUGCCAACCUCUUGUAAGACUGGUGAAUGGCAGUAACUCCUGUUCUGGACGAGUGGAGGUUCUUCAUGAUGGUCAGUGGGGAACGGUUUGUGAUGAUUUCUGGGAUCUAUCAGAUGCUGCAGUGGUGUGUAGAGAACUGGGCUGCGGUGAUGUUGUAGAGGCAAAGAGUUUAGCCUUUUUUGGAGAAGGAUCAGGGCAAAUAUGGAUGGAUAAUGUAAACUGCAUAGGAACGGAGUCUUCUUUGAAAAGCUGCAGAUCAGCUGGAUGGGGAGUACAUGACUGUGGACAUCACAAAGAUGCUGGAGUCAUCUGCCAAUCUGUCAAGUUGGUGAAUGGUGACAACUCUUGCUCUGGACGAGUGGAGAUUCUUCAUGAUGGAAGAUGGGGAACAGUUUGUGAUGAUGGCUGGGAUCUGUCAGAUGCUGCAGUGUUGUGUAGAGAACUGGGCUGUGGAAAUGCUAUAGAGGUGAAGAGUUAUGCUUAUUUUGGACAAGGUUCAGGACAAAUAUGGAUGGACAAUGUUAACUGCAAUGGAAGCGAGUCUACUCUAAGAAGCUGUAGAUCAAAUGGAUGGGGAGUACACAACUGUUCACAUUACGAAGAUGCUGGAGUCAUCUGCCAAUUAUAUGUAGGAUUGGUGAAUGGUGACAACUCUUGUUCUGGACGAGUGGAGGUUCUUCAUGAUGGAAGAUGGGGAACAGUUUGUGAUGAUGGCUGGGAUCUGUCAGAUGCUGCAGUGGUGUGUAGAGAACUGGGCUGUGGAGAUGCAAUAGAAGCAAAAGGUGGUGCUUAUUUUGGACAAGGUUCAGGACAAAUAUGGAUGGAUAACGUAAACUGCAACUGGAGUGAAUCUACACUGCUAAACUGUUCAGCAAAUGGAUGGGGAGUACAUGACUGUGGUCAUCACAAAGAUGCUGGAGUCAUCUGCCGACCUCUGAGGUUGGUGAACGGUGACAACUCUUGUUCUGGACGAGUGGAGGUUCUUCAUAAUGGCAGAUGGGGAACAGUUUGUGAUGAUGGCUGGGAUCUGUCAGAUGCUGCAGUGGUGUGUAGACAACUGGGCUGUGGUGAUGCUAUAGAGGCGAAGAACCUUGCUUAUUUUGGGCAAGGUUCAGGACAAAUAUGGAUGGAUAAUGUUAUCUGUGAUGGAACUGAGUCUACUCUAAAGAGCUGUAGGUCAAAUGGAUGGGGAGUAUAUGACUGUGGACAUUAUGAAGAUGCUGGAGUCAUCUGCCAAUCAUAUGUAAGAUUGAUGAAUGGUGAGAACUCUUGUUCUGGACGACUGGAGGUUCUUCAUAAUGGAAGAUGGGGAACAGUUUGUGAUGAUUUCUGGGAUCUAUCAGAUGCUGCAGUGGUGUGUAGAGAACUGGGCUGUGGAAAGGUGAUAGAGGCAAAGAGUUAUGCUUAUUUUGGACAAGGUUCAGGACAAAUAUGGAUGGAUAAUGUUAUCUGCGAUGGAACCGAGUCUACUUUAAAGAGAUGUAGGUCAAAUGGAUGGGGUGUACAUAACUGUGGACAUUAUGAAGAUGCUGGAGUCAUCUGCCAAUCUGUCAAGUUGGUGAAUGGCAAUAACUCUUGUUCUGGUCGAGUGGAGGUUCUUCAUGAUGGAAGAUGGGGAACAGUUUGUGAUGAUGGCUGGGAUCUAUCAGAUGCUGCAGUGGUGUGUAGAGAACUGGGCUGUGAAGAUGGUAUAGAGGUCAAGAAUUUUGCUUAUUUUGGACAAGGUUUAGGAAAAAUAUGGAUGGAUAAUGUUAACUGCACUGGAGCGGAGUCUACUCUAAAGAGCUGUAGAUCAAAUGGAUGGGGAGUACAUGAUUGUGGACAUCACAAAGAUGCUGGAGUCAUCUGCCAACACUAUCUAAGAUUGGUAAAUGGCAGUAACUCCUGCUCUGGACGAGUGGAGGUUCUUCAUGAUGGAAGAUGGGGAACAGUUUGUGAUGAUGGCUGGGAUCUGUCAGAUGCUGCAGUGGUGUGUAGAGAACUGGGCUGUGGUGAUGUUAUAGAAGCAAAGGGUGAUGCUUAUUUUGGAAAAGGUUCAGGACAAAUAUGGAUGGACAAUGUAAACUGUACUGGGAGUGAAUCUACACUGAAAAACUGUUCAGCAAAUGGUUUGGGAGUACACAACUGUGGACAUGAUAAAGAUGCAGGAGCCAUCUGCCAAUCUGUCAAGCUGGUGAAUGGUGACAACUCUUGCUCUGGACGAGUGGAGGUUCUUCAUGAUGGAAGAUGGGGAACAGUUUGUGAUGAUGGCUGGGAUCUGUCAGAUGCUGCAGUGGUGUGUAGAGAACUGGGCUGUGGAGAUGUUAUAGAGGUGAAGAGUAAUGCUUAUUUUGGACAAGGUUCAGGACAAAUAUGGAUGGACAAUGUCAACUGCAAUGGAACGGAGUCUACUCUAAAGAGAUGUAGAUCAAAUGGAUGGGGAGUACAUGACUGUGGACAUCAUAGAGAUACUGGAGUCAUCUGCCAAUCUGUCAGGUUGGUGAAUGGCAGUAACUCCUGCUCUGGACGAGUGGAGGUUCUUCAUAAUGGAAGAUGGGGAACAAUUUGUGAUGAUUUCUGGGAUCUAUCAGAUGCUGCAGUGGUGUGUAGAGAACUGGGCUGUGGAGAUGAUAUAGAGGCGAAGAGCUUUGCUCAUUUUGGACAAGGUUCAGGACAAAUAUGGAUGGAUAAUGUAAUCUGUGAUGGAACAGAGUCUACUCUAAAGAGAUGUAGGUCAAAUGGAUGGGGAGUACAUGAUUGUGGACAUCAUAAAGAUGCUGGAGUCAUCUGCCAAUCAUUUGUAAGAUUGGUGAAUGGUGACAACUCUUGUUCUGGACGAGUGGAGGUUCUUCAUGAUGGAAGAUGGGGAACAGUUUGUGAUGAUUUCUGGGAUCUGUCAGAUGCUGCAGUGGUGUGUAGAGAACUGGACUGUGGAGAUGUUAAAGAGGUGAAGAGUUAUGCUUAUUUUGGACAAGGUUCAGGACAAAUAUGGAUGGACAACAUGAACUGCAAUGGAACGGAGUCUACUCUAAAGAAUUGUAGAUCAAAUGGAUGGGGAGUACAUGACUGUUCACAUUAUGAAGAUGCUGGAGUCAUCUGCCAAUCUGUCAAGUUGGUGAAUGGCGACAACUCUUGCUCUGGACGAGUGGAGGUUCUUCAUGAUGGAAGAUGGGGAACAGUUUGUGAUGAUGGCUGGGAUCUGUCAGAUGGUGCAGUGGUGUGUAGAGAACUGGGCUGUGGUGAUGUUUUAGAGGCGAAGAGUUAUGCUUAUUUUGGACAAGGUUCAGGACAAAUAUGGAUGGACAAUGUCAACUGUACUGGGAGUGAAUCUACACUGAAAAACUGUUCAGCAAGUGAAAGGGGAGUACACGACUGUGGACAUCAUGAAGAUGCAGGUGCCCUCUGCCAAACUGUCAAGUUGGUGAAUGGUGACAACUCUUGUUCUGGACGAGUGGAGGUUCUUCAUGAUGGAAGAUGGGGAACAGUUUGUGAUGAUGGCUGGGAUCUGUCAGAUGCUGCAGUGGUGUGUAGAGAACUGGGCUGUGAAGAUGGUUUAGAGGUCAAGAAUUUUGCUUAUUUUGGACAAGGUUUAGGAAAAAUAUGGAUGGAUAAUGUUAACUGCACUGGAGCGGAGUCUACUCUAAAGAGCUGUAGAUCAAAUGGAUGGGGAGUACAUGAUUGUGGACAUCACAAAGAUGCUGGAGUCAUCUGCCAACACUAUCUAAGAUUGGUAAAUGGCAGUAACUCCUGCUCUGGACGAGUGGAGGUUCUUCAUGAUGGAAGAUGGGGAACAGUUUGUGAUGAUGGCUGGGAUCUGUCAGAUGCUGCAGUGGUGUGUAGAGAACUGGGCUGUGGUGAUGUUAUAGAAGCAAAGGGUGAUGCUUAUUUUGGAAAAGGUUCAGGACAAAUAUGGAUGGACAAUGUAAACUGUACUGGGAGUGAAUCUACACUGAAAAACUGUUCAGCAAAUGGUUUGGGAGUACACAACUGUGGACAUGAUAAAGAUGCAGGAGCCAUCUGCCAAUCUGUCAAGCUGGUGAAUGGUGACAACUCUUGCUCUGGACGAGUGGAGGUUCUUCAUGAUGGAAGAUGGGGAACAGUUUGUGAUGAUGGCUGGGAUCUGUCAGAUGCUGCAGUGGUGUGUAGAGAACUGGGCUGUGGAGAUGUUAUAGAGGCAAAGGGUGAUGCUUAUUUUGGAAAAGGUUCAGGACAAAUAUGGAUGGACAAUGUAAACUGUACUGGGAGUGAAUCUACACUGAAAAACUGUUCAGCAAAUGGUUUGGGAGUACACAACUGUGGACAUGAUAAAGAUGCAGGAGCCAUCUGCCAAUCUGUCAAGCUGGUGAAUGGUGACAACUCUUGCUCUGGACGAGUGGAGGUUCUUCAUGAUGGAAGAUGGGGAACAGUUUGUGAUGAUGGCUGGGAUCUGUCAGAUGCUGCAGUGGUGUGUAGAGAACUGGGCUGUGGAAAUGUUAUAGAGGUGAAGAGUAAUGCUUAUUUUGGACAAGGUUCAGGACAAAUAUGGAUGGACAAUGUCAACUGCAAUGGAACGGAGUCUACUCUAAAGAGAUGUAGAUCAAAUGGAUGGGGAGUACAUGACUGUGGACAUCAUAGAGAUACUGGAGUCAUCUGCCAAUCUGUCAGGUUGGUGAAUGGCAGUAACUCCUGCUCUGGACGAGUGGAGGUUCUUCAUAAUGGAAGAUGGGGAACAAUUUGUGAUGAUUUCUGGGAUCUAUCAGAUGCUGCAGUGGUGUGUAGAGAACUGGGCUGUGGAGAUGAUAUAGAGGCGAAGAGCUUUGCUCAUUUUGGACAAGGUUCAGGACAAAUAUGGAUGGAUAAUGUAAUCUGUGAUGGAACAGAGUCUACUCUAAAGAGAUGUAGGUCAAAUGGAUGGGGAGUACAUGAAUGUGGACAUCAUAAAGAUGCUGGAGUCAUCUGCCAAUCAUUUGUAAGAUUGGUGAAUGGUGACAACUCUUGUUCUGGACGAGUGGAGGUUCUUCAUGAUGGAAGAUGGGGAACAGUUUGUGAUGAUUUCUGGGAUCUGUCAGAUGCUGCAGUGGUGUGUAGAGAACUGGGCUGUGGAGAUGUUAAAGAGGUGAAGAGUUAUGCUUAUUUUGGACAAGGUUCAGGACAAAUAUGGAUGGACAACAUGAACUGCAAUGGAACGGAGUCUACUCUAAAGAAUUGUAGAUCAAAUGGAUGGGGAGUACAUGACUGUUCACAUUAUGAAGAUGCUGGAGUCAUCUGCCAAUCUGUCAAGUUGGUGAAUGGCGACAACUCUUGCUCUGGACGAGUGGAGGUUCUUCAUGAUGGAAGAUGGGGAACAGUUUGUGAUGAUGGCUGGGAUCUGUCAGAUGGUGCAGUGGUGUGUAGAGAACUGGGCUGUGGUGAUGUUUUAGAGGCGAAGAGUUAUGCUUAUUUUGGACAAGGUUCAGGACAAAUAUGGAUGGACAAUGUCAACUGUACUGGGAGUGAAUCUACACUGAAAAACUGUUCAGCAAGUGAAAGGGGAGUACACGACUGUGGACAUCAUGAAGAUGCAGGUGCCCUCUGCCAAACUGUCAAGUUGGUGAAUGGUGACAACUCUUGUUCUGGACGAGUGGAGGUUCUUCAUGAUGGAAGAUGGGGAACAGUUUGUGAUGAUGGCUGGGAUCUGUCAGAUGCUGCAGUGGUGUGUAGAGAACUGGGCUGUGGAGAUGCAAUAGAAGCAAAAGGUGGUGCUUAUUUUGGACAAGGUUCAGGACAAAUAUGGAUGGAUAACGUAAACUGCAACUGGAGUGAAUCUACACUGCUAAACUGUUCAGCAAAUGGAUGGGGAGUACAUGACUGUGGUCAUCACAAAGAUGCUGGAGUCAUCUGCCGACCUCUGAGGUUGGUGAACGGUGACAACUCUUGUUCUGGACGAGUGGAGGUUCUUCAUAAUGGCAGAUGGGGAACAGUUUGUGAUGAUGGCUGGGAUCUGUCAGAUGCUGCAGUGGUGUGUAGACAACUGGGCUGUGGUGAUGCUAUAGAGGCGAAGAACCUUGCUUAUUUUGGGCAAGGUUCAGGACAAAUAUGGAUGGAUAAUGUUAUCUGAAAUGGAACUGAGUCUACUCUAAAGAGCUGUAGGUCAAAUGGAUGGGGAGUAAAUGACUGUGGACAUUAUGAAGAUGCUGGAGUCAUCUGCCAAUCAUAUGUAAGAUUGAUGAAUGGUGAGAACUCUUGUUCUGGACGACUGGAGGUUCUUCAUAAUGGAAGAUGGGGAACAGUUUGUGAUGAUUUCUGGGAUCUAUCAGAUGCUGCAGUGGUGUGUAGAGAACUGGGCUGUGGAAAGGUGAUAGAGGCAAAGAGUUAUGCUUAUUUUGGACAAGGUUCAGGACAAAUAUGGAUGGAUAAUGUUAUCUGCGAUGGAACCGAGUCUACUUUAAAGAGAUGUAGAUCAAAUGGAUGGGGUGUACAUAACUGUGGACAUUAUGAAGAUGCUGGAGUCAUCUGCCAAUCUGUCAAGUUGGUGAAUGGCAAUAACUCUUGUUCUGGUCGAGUGGAGGUUCUUCAUGAUGGAAGAUGGGGAACAGUUUGUGAUGAUGGCUGGGAUCUAUCAGAUGCUGCAGUGGUGUGUAGAGAACUGGGCUGUGAAGAUGGUAUAGAGGUCAAGAAUUUUGCUUAUUUUGGACAAGGUUUAGGAAAAAUAUGGAUGGAUAAUGUUAACUGCACUGGAGCGGAGUCUACUCUAAAGAGCUGUAGAUCAAAUGGAUGGGGAGUACAUGAUUGUGGACAUCACAAAGAUGCUGGAGUCAUCUGCCAACACUAUCUAAGAUUGGUAAAUGGCAGUAACUCCUGCUCUGGACGAGUGGAGGUUCUUCAUGAUGGAAGAUGGGGAACAGUUUGUGAUGAUGGCUGGGAUCUGUCAGAUGCUGCAGUGGUGUGUAGAGAACUGGGCUGUGGUGAUGUUAUAGAAGCAAAGGGUGAUGCUUAUUUUGGAAAAGGUUCAGGACAAAUAUGGAUGGACAAUGUAAACUGUACUGGGAGUGAAUCUACACUGAAAAACUGUUCAGCAAAUGGUUUGGGAGUACACAACUGUGGACAUGAUAAAGAUGCAGGAGCCAUCUGCCAAUCUGUCAAGCUGGUGAAUGGUGACAACUCUUGCUCUGGACGAGUGGAGGUUCUUCAUGGAAGAUGGGGAACAGUUUGUGAUGAUGGCUGGGAUCUGUCAGAUGCUGCAGUGGUGUGUAGAGAACUGGGCUGUGGAGAUGCUAUAGAGGCGAAGAGUUAUGCUUAUUUUGGACAAGGUUCAGGUUCAAUAUGGAUGGAUAACGUGAUCUGUGAUGGAAGCGAGUCUACUCUAAAGAGCUGUAGAUCAAAUGGAUGGGGAGUACAUGACUGUGUUCAUUAUGAAGAUGCUGGAGUCAUCUGCCAAUCUGUCAGGUUGGUGAAUGGCAUUAACUCUUGUUCUGGACGAGUGGAGGUUCUUCAUGGUGGAAGAUGGGGAACAGUUUGUGAUGAUGGCUGGGAUCUGUCAGAUGCUGCAGUGGUGUGUAGAGAACUGGGCUGUGGAGAUGCUAUAGAGGUGAAGAGUUAUGCUUAUUUUGGACAAGGUUCAGGACAAAUAUGGAUGGACAAUGUAAACUGCAAUGGAACCGAGUCUACUCUAAAGAGAUGUAGAUCAAAUGGAUGGGGAGUACAUGACUGUGGACAUCACAAAGAUGCUGGAGUCAUCUGCCAAUCAUUUGUAAGAUUGGUGAAUGGUGACAACUCUUGUUCUGGACGAGUGGAGGUUCUUCAUGAUGGAAGAUGGGGAACAGUUUGUGAUGACGGCUGGGAUCUAUCAGAUGCUGCAGUGGUGUGUAGAGAACUGGGCUGUGGAGAUGCUAUAGAGGCGAAGAGUGAUGCUUAUUUUGGACAAGGUUCAGGUUCAAUAUGGAUGGACAAUGUCAACUGCGAUGGAACCCAGUCUACUCUAAAGAGAUGUAGAUCAAAUGGAUGGGGAGUACAUGACUGUUCACAUUAUGAAGAUGCUGGAGUCAUCUGCCAAUCUGUCAGGUUGGUGAAUGGCAUUAACUCUUGCUCUGGACGAGUGGAGGUUCUUCAUGAUGGAAGAUGGGGAACGGUGUGUGAUGAUUUCUGGGAUCUAUCGGAUGCUGCAGUGGUGUGUAGAGAACUGGGCUGUAAAUAUGUUUUAGAAGCAAAGGGUGGUGCUCACUUCGGACAGGGCUCAGGACAAAUAUGGAUGGACAAUGUAAAUUGUACUGGAAGUGAAUCUACACUGAAAAACUGUUCAGCAAAUGGUUUGGGAGUACACGACUGUGGACAUGAUAAAGAUGCAGGAGUCAUUUGCCAAUCAUUUGUAAGAUUGGUGAAUGGUGACAACUCUUGUUCUGGACGAGUGGAGGUUCUUCAUGAUGGAAGAUGGGGAACAGUUUGUGAUGACGGCUGGGAUCUAUCAGAUGCUGCAGUGGUGUGUAGAGAACUGGGCUGUGGAGAUGCUAUAGAGGCGAAGAGUGAUGCUUAUUUUGGACAAGGUUCAGGUUCAAUAUGGAUGGACAAUGUCAACUGCGAUGGAACCCAGUCUACUCUAAAGAGAUGUAGAUCAAAUGGAUGGGGAGUACAUGACUGUUCACAUUAUGAAGAUGCUGGAGUCAUCUGCCAAUCUGUCAGGUUGGUGAAUGGCAUUAACUCUUGCUCUGGACGAGUGGAGGUUCUUCAUGAUGGAAGAUGGGGAACGGUGUGUGAUGAUUUCUGGGAUCUAUCGGAUGCUGCAGUGGUGUGUAGAGAACUGGGCUGUAAACAUGUUUUAGAAGCAAAGGGUGGUGCUCACUUCGGACAGGGCUCAGGACAAAUAUGGAUGAACAAUGUAAAUUGUACUGGAAGUGAAUCUACACUGAAAAACUGUUCAGCAAAUGGUUUGGGAGUACACGACUGUGGACAUGAUAAAGAUGCAGGAGUCAUUUGCCAAUAUAACUUCAUCUACAUCAACGAAUCAAAAAGCUGGAUUGAUGCACUGCAUUACUGCAGAAGUCACCAUCAGACUCUGGUUCACGUUUUGAAUGACACAGCACAGAUGUACAUCACACGCAUGCUUCGGGGUAAACAGGGAUGA